UUUAUAUAUAAAGUCAAUAACCUCUUCCCUUUCCGCCAUAUAUAACACAGUCACCAUGGAACACAGCACAUCCUUCAACGACUCCAAAAACAACCUCUCUUCACAACGCAGCCUCGCCUCAGUCCCUUCCCUCAACUCACACGCUCACCUCCUCAACCUCAACGCAUCCCACACGUGUCUCGCCACUCUCAGACCCCACAAAACAUCCUACACCUCCUCCCUCACCCUCGCAGGAAAGUUCCUCUACCUAGGCUCCUCCGAGUCACAAGUCCAAUCCUGGCAUUACUCCCACCACCGACCACCGCCACCCGCCACCGUGGUCACCGCCGGAAACGGCGCCGUGAAGUCCAUCGUAGUCCACUCCGACAAACUCUUCACCGCCCACCAAGACCACAAAAUCCGCGUGUGGAAGAUACACGACCAACACAGCUACACACGUGUGGCCACGCUCCCAACAUUAAGCGACCGCGUUUCGAAGAUCCUGAUUCCCAAAAACCACGUGCGGAUUCGGCGGCACAAAAAGUGCACGUGGGUUCACCACGUGGACGCCGUUUCCUCCUUGGCCCUAUCCAAAGACGGAAACUUUCUCUACUCCGUUUCAUGGGACAGGACAAUGAAGAUUUGGCGAACCAAAGACUUCGCGUGCUUGGAGUCCGUGCGAGACGCGCACGACGACGCCAUAAACGCGGUCGCAGUUUCCCACGAUGGACUCGUCUACACUGGAUCCGCGGAUAAGAGAAUCAGGGUUUGGAGAAAAAACGAAGAUGAUAAGAAACACAAACACAAACACAUGUUGGUGGACACGUUGGAGAAGCACAACUCCGGGAUCAACGCGUUGGCGCUUAGCGGCGACGGUUCCGUGUUGUAUUCGGGUGCAUGUGAUAGGUCGAUAUUGGUUUCGGAGAAGGGUGAGAAUGGGAAAUUGGUGGUGGUUGGUGCGUUGAGGGGGCACACUAGGUCGAUUUUGUGUUUGGCUGUGGUUUCGGAUUUGGUUUUUAGUGGUUCUGAGGACAAAACGGUUAGGGUUUGGAGAGGGGUUGAGAAGGAUUAUUCUUGUUUAGUGAUUUUGGAAGGGCAUAAGAGUCCGAUUAAGAGUUUAACUGCGACGGUUGAUCGGAGUGAUGACCCCUCCGAAGCUUCUUUUCUUGUUUAUAGUGGCAGUUUGGACUCUGAUGUUAAGGUUUGGCAGGUUUUUGUUCCUCUUCUUUGAAGUUUUUUUUUUUUCCUUUUCACCCUCUUUUUUGGAAUGUUAUAUAGUAUACGAUAUUUUUUACUGAAAGAUACGAAGAUCGGAGAGAAAGUGUAAGAUUAACGUAAGUAAUGUGAUUGAGAUACGUAAAGGAAAAA